AUAAUAUUAUUGUUUGUUUGUUAUUACAUUCUAGCACAAUACGAUAGAUUCUGCCAAAAUUCGAUUUCUCCAAUAAUCUAUAGUAUUUAUGUAGGUAUAGGUACUAUAUUUUAUUGGAUUUAUCUUUAGUUGAUAUAUUACCUUGAGUCGUUGUUAAUCAUUAUAUUAUGCUCAUUGUUCAAGAUUUUCAAGAAAAAAAAUAAUACCUACGUAUGUAUUAUCUAUAUAAUAUAUUAUAGCAUUGUAAUGUGUAGUCAGAAUAAUUCUGUGGUCACUAUUCAGAACUUUUUGUAUUGCAUAAAAUAAUGAAUAACUUAAAUUCUGACAUCAGCUGUAAGUAUGAAGUGCUUGCAGAAAUUUCAUUUCAUGCCGAUACCUCAAAGAAUCAGUUUGUCAAAUUAUUAUGCAGUCGGCUUUUGGCUCGAAGUUAUUUAAAUAAACAGGCGGUAUCUAAUAAAGAAGAUGAAUGUGCAACUGUUCAUGAGCAGUUUAAAAGCUUAAGCACCGAUGAAUCUCAAGAACAUGCUGAAUGGUAUGCAUAUUGGGAAAAAAAUGGUGAAGACUUUGUAAAUGAAUCUUGGAUAAAAUUGUAUGGAAGUUGUACAUUGGAUGAUCUUCCAACAGACCCCGAAGAAUUAUAUCAGAAUCAUAAAGAACAACAGUAUCAUAUGUUGUAUUGGAAGUUUAUAAAUGAGAUUAAUUCUACUGUUUCAGAAACUGAAAAGUCUACUUCUGAGUAUUCUGAUCAUGAUGAGUGGAGUUCUAGCCAUGCCAAAGAACUUGUUGAUGAUGAUCAUGUUUCAAAUUUUGAGUUUCUAUACAAAUAUAAACAUUUUCAACAAGCAAACAGUCAACUUUCCAAAGCUUAUCGCGCAAUAAGUAUUAUUGGAUAUGCUUAUAAUGAUCAAAAUAUGUUUGAUAUGGGAUUUGUUCAAUAUCUUAAAAAAAACAUUAUUAAAUCUACUCGUCGUCUAAAUGUAUACAGGUAUCCAAAGGUGUGUGGAGCAUCGGCAUUUGAUGAUAACUCGUUAUUAAGUAAUUCUGAAGAUUGUGUGAAGAAUAAAGUCAAAAACAAAAAAGCAUUAAAAAAAAAAGAAUGGAAAGAUAUAAAAGAAAAAAAUACUAUUGAAGAAAUGAAUAGAUUGGGCUAUAGCUAUUUACAAAAUGAACCAAAAUUGUUAAAAUAUUGGAAGAAAAGAUAUUUGUUGUUUUCUGAAUUUGAUAAAGGGAUAAAACUUGAUGAAGAGAGUUGGUAUUCUGCCACUCCUGAAAUAAUUAGUAUUCAUAUAGCUGAACGAUGUAGUUGCUAUUUGCUUGUUGAUCCAUUUUGCGGAGCAGGCAGUAAUAUUAUUCAAUUUGCUAAGACUUGUGAGCUUGUUAUAGCUAUUGAUAUUGAUCCAAAAAAAAUUGAAAUAGCUCGUCACAAUGCAGAGUUAUAUGGUGUUGCAGAUAGAAUUCAAUUCAUCAUUGGCGAUUACUUUGCUUUAGCCCCAACUCUUAAAGGUGACGUUGUGUUUUUGUCACCACCUUGGGGUGGUCCUGAUCUUAUGGACCUUGAAGAGUACAAACUGAGUCACAUAAUGCCCGAGAAAGGUGGCAUAAAGCAAAUGAUGAGUUUGGCUCGACAAAUUACAUCAAAUAUUGCGCUACAUUUACCUAAGAAUACUAAUAUUUUUGAUUGUAUUCAAUCUGCGGAAGAUGGUUUUAUUGAGGUACAACAGAAUAUGCUUAAUUCAAGGUAUAACUCUUUAACAGUUUACUAUAGUGAACUGUAUGGACUCUGCGAUGAAGAUACUGGCACAUAUUAUGAUGCUUAAAAUUUAGAAACAACUGAUUUAAAUUAAUAUUUUAUAUUAUGAUGUUUAAUAUUCCACAAUUUGGGUUAUUUUUAGUGUAUGAUACUUUCAUAAAGCCCUGUCCAGACCAAGAAAUAUUUGUCAGAAACAAAUGUUUUUGACAUUAUCAUCAACAAAUGUUUAUGUUACCGCUUAUGACAGGAAAUCAAAAAUAUUAUUGAUGACAAAGUCAGAAACACAUGUUUCUGAUAAAUAUUUCUCUGGUCUUCACGGAGCUAGAGAGGUUUUAUAUAAGUAAAUGUGUUGAAGUUGUUUGAAAAAAAAUCUCGUAAAAAAAUAUUAACUAAUGCAUUUGUUACCAUUAUACUAUUGAAGACUAUCA